AUGGACGAAAUAGGACCAAGAAGAACGAAAAAUGACAACAAAGGACGAAAAAGGACGAAUUGGACGAAAAAGGACGAAAAAAACGAGACGAAAAAGGACGAAGAAGAACGACAAAGGACAACAAAGGACGAAAAGGACGAAUUGGACGAAAAGAACGAAAAAGGACCAAGGACGAAAAAGGACAAAAUAGGACGAAAAAGGACCAAGAAGGACGAAAAAGGACCAAGAAGGACGAAAAAGGACCAAGAAGAACGACAAGGACCAAAAAGGACCAACGUGGACGAAAUAGGACGAAUUGGACGAAAAAGGACGAAAAGGACGAGGACAACAAAGGCCGAAAAGGACAAAAAAGGACGGAGAAAACUAAUAAGGACGAAAAAGAACGAAAUAGGACUAAAAGAAAGAUAA